UUUAAAGCAGCUAAGAGACUGCGUAAAUAUUUCUUCCUGAGAGUUAUGGAGCGAUCGUUUAACAUAUUUUCGAUAUUUUCGGUUUUAUUAUCGCUAAAAAUACCGUUUACAAAGGUACAAGAUGAUGUUCAACGUGGUUAUUCAUUGCCAAAUGCGCGUUCGAUAAAAGAAUUUCAACGUUUCCGUCUAUUUAAUGAUGGCCUUGAUCCAAUAAUUGUAUUUGCAUUGGUUAUAGCUAAGGAUGACGGAUCAAUGUCACGUAUCGAAUAUCUUAAUGAAACUGUUAAUAUAAUUGACUAUGUUGGCGAAAAUUUUGCCAUUAAAAAUAUUACCUAUAAUGAUAUAUGUAAAAAUUUUUGCGAUGCUAACGAAGCGGUUCGACAAUUCAGGAAUGGUAUGAUUUUGAACGAGAAUGCAGAGAAUUUUAACACAUACGAUUUCAUCAAUGCUUCUUUUCCCAUUAUGCAUCUUUUGGGAAGAGGACUCGAUCUUACACCGAGUUUUUUCGGUGUUCAAACGUAUGAUCCAUCUGAAAUGAAAAAUUCGACAACAACAAAUAUUAAGGACCUUAAAGUAAUCGUUCUACAAUUUCGAGCACAACAACCUCCACAGUGGACUUUUAAAGCAAAAUGCACUGAAAUAAAUAUUUCGAUAGUAAAAGUGAUGGUGUUUACGAUGACAUUCACACAAGAUGAAGUUGUUCGUACAGGAAUGACAUUGGCUCCAUUCAUAUCUUUUGGCUUUGUUAUUAUGUUAAUAUUUUCAGUAACCACAGUAUACAUUAAUACAAUAUACAUAAAACAGUGGUCAUUUUAUAAAGCAUUUUAUGCAAUAUUUGGAUGUAUUUGUCCACUUUUUGCUACUUCAGCCGCAAUUGGAUUACUUUUUUUUCUUGGUCUACGAUUUGGCUCAAUAUUAUUUGUCACUCCAUUUUUGAUUUUAGCUAUAGGUGUAGAUGAUGCAUUUCUGAUGAUGAAUGCCUGGAAUCGGAUUUUGGCUUACCAAGUCGAGCACCGGCUUAACUUUGAAAUCAGAGAUAUGAUCGUUCUUAUCGAUGUGGGUCCAUCAAUAACGAUCACUUCUUUGACGAAUAUGUUAACAUUUGGAAUCGGCGCAUGUAUAUCGAUUCCUGAAAUACAAAUUCUUUGCAUCGCCAUCGCAACAGCAAUUUUAUUUGAUUAUAUCUACACAAUAACGGUCUAUACAUCUAUUAUGACAAUUGGUGGCAUUUACGAAAUUCGUCAAAAGAAUUUUGAGAUAUAUAGGGAGGAGAAAAAAAAAAACAAAGUUUCAAUAUUUUUUGAUAGUUAUUGUGAAUGGUUAUCAAGUGGAUUCACUUCAUUAUUUCUGUUUAUAAUAAUAAUAAUUUACUGGAUUAUUAGUAUUAGAGGUGCAUUAUCUGCAAAAGCUGGACUUACGCCAGAGAAACUUUUCUUAUCUGAUUCACCAUUAAUUGAGAUGAAUGCGAUAAGAGACAAAUACGUAUUGCCAGCUUACACUUUUGUUAACAUUUUUGUUAACAAUCCUGGUAACUUGAAUGACCCAAAAAGAGUGUCGAUAAUAAAAGAAAUGAUUAGCGAAUUUGAAGCGAUGCCGGAAUGUAAUGGAGCUGAAUUUAGCCAUUUUUGGAUCAGAGAUUAUGAAGCAUAUUUAACUAAUGAGAAACUUGAAGACGAUUUUUUCAAAUCAUCUGUUGCAUAUAGUAUUGAAGAUCUUCAAACAUUCUUUAACUGGCCUGAAUACCAACAUUGGGGUGGAUUUGUGAGGUUGAAUUAUACCGAAAAAAGUUUUUUUGCUACUGUUGCAUUUCAUGGUGAAAAUCAAGCCGAUUGGAUCCAAAAAUUACAUAUAUUGAAAAAAUGGCGAAAUAUUGUUGACAGUUAUACGGAUCUAGAUGCAAGCAUUUACAACGAUGAAGCGUUUUUCACCGAACAAUUCGAAACGCUAAUCCCAACAAUGAUACAAACUUCACUUAUUGUUUUGGUGUCCAUGGCAGUGGCAUGUUGGAUUUUUAUGGUAAAUAUAUGUAAUGUGAUCGUCGCAGUUGCAGCGAUUAUUUCAAUUUGCAUCGGUGUAUUCGGAUUGCUGUCGCUAUGGCAAAUUGAUGUUGAUCCAAUAUCGAUGGCGACAAUGAUAAUGGGUAUCGGAUUAGCAGUUGAUUUCCCUGCACAUAUCACCUUCCAUUAUUAUCGCAGUGGCUUCGAUAAACGAUAUAGCACAGCAAAGGAACGAAUUGCUCAUUCCCUUAUAACUAUAGGUUUUCCACUUCUGCAAUGCAGUGGGUCGACCAUAUUUUUCACAACUUGCUUGCUAUUAAUACCGUGUUAUAUGAGCGAGGUAUUCGUUAAGUCCAUAGUAUUAGUAAUUUCACUUGGCACAAUACAUGCUCUUGUUAUUGUACCAGCUCUUCUUUGUUCACUUUCAAACAUUUAUCAAAACCUUAUUAGUCCAAAUGAUAAUAAGGUAUUUUUUCAUCGAAACCAGUUGUUUUCAAACUUUUUGUUUUACUUAUCAUUAUUUACCAUGCCAUAA